AUGGGUGCGGAUUCGAAGUUCGCCGUGGCGGCGAGCUAUGGCACGGCGGGGCGAGGCAAGGGCACGGGCACGUUGCGCGCGGUGCGGCGGAGCCGGUGCGCGCACUGGCCGCGCGGAUGGAGGGCCGAGGUGCGUGGUCCACGGCCGCGGGUGGACGGCGGCGGCCGCAGAGCUCCGGGGCUUUUUCGCAAAACGGCCAGGGCAGUGCGGGGUGGCCAGCCCUGCUGGCCACGUGGCGAGGCGCGGCUGGCCGGUCCACCGCGGGGCUGUGGACCAAGGGGCGCGGGGGCUGGCUCACCGGUCCACGGUGGACCGGGCCGAGCGGGCGUGGGCGCGGCGGCCGGCCGCGGCGGCGCCAUGGGUGCGGAUUCGAAGUUCGCCGUGGCGGCGAGCUAUGGCACAGCGGGGCGAGGCAAGGGCACGGGCACGUUGCGCGCGGUGCGGCGGAGCCGGUGCGCGCACUGGCCGCGCGGAUGGAGGGCCGAGGUGCGUGGUCCACGGCCGCGGGUGGACGGCGGCGGCCGCAGAGCUCCGGUGAGCGCUGGCGCUUGA